UGCUGCAUGUUUGACCAGCGGUUGCGCGAGUCAGUUUUCAACUCUUGGAUUUGUUGGUUUUCUAAGAAAAAUCAAAUUCUGGGCUGCACUGUCACAGUAUUGAGUGAACUGUCACAGAUUGUCAAGUGUCCAUGGCUGCUCCUGAUGAUAAGGGUGUGUCAGUAUGUGUAUGGACGAUUUUGUUUCUGCUGCUAAGAUUUCUUAUUGCAAAUGCUUGUUUCGUGCUUAAUUUGGGUAUGCUAUUCAAUCAACAGUAACAACCAUAGUAUCAAAAUUAUGUUUAGGGGGUAAACUAUUUGAUAUGUGCCAUUGAGGAGUAAAAGGUUUUGAAACUUGCAAUUGUAAAGUUUACUCUGCCUUACAUACCACACCAAGUUCCCAUCUUCUGAAAUAUGCCAAUGUGGAGAUAUUUAGACCAUGUUUCCCUUUUUCUUAUCUUCCUCAUUCCUGCACCUAAUUCCAUUGCUUCCAUCUCAUCUACCACCGACAUAUUGACGGAGAAUGGCCAUAUGACAAGCUCCAGUGACAAGAUUGGUGAAGGAAAAUCACUGGUUGUGGCUGGCGGCCUCAGCUCGCAGGGGGUGGACCUCUGCUGUUCGGUGUCCUCUGAGCAUGGCCAGACAGGGCUAGAGCUGGGUAGGAGGCGAGACGGAGAUGGAUGCCGACCUUGACCUCGACGGGAUAGGUGGAGUGGCACCGGCUAGCUGGCUCUAUUAGGCAUUAGGCGGCUGAACUACCUCGGGACUUGAAAUUCUGUGUAUGAAGUAGCAUUUACUGGAGAAAGCUCAAGGGAAACUAUCAUGGAUGCCAACUCCAGUUUAAAUGAGCAAAAGUCUGAAGAACUCAAGCUUAAAGCAAAUGAUGCCUUUAAAGCAAACAAGUUCUCCCUGGCUAUAGAGCUCUAUAGUCAAGCCAUUGAGCUAAACAGUUCAAAUGCAGUUUACUGGGCAAACCGUGCAUUUGCUCAUACAAAGUUAGAGGAAUAUGGAAGUGCAGUGCAAGAUGCUUCAAAAGCAAUUGAAAUUGAUGCUAGAUACUCAAAAGGUUACUACCGACGUGGAGCGGCAUAUCUUGCCAUGGGUAAGUUCAAGGAAGCUCUGAAGGAUUUUCAACAGGUGAAAAGAAUCAGCCCUAAUGAUCCAGAUGCUACUAGGAAAUUGAAAGAGUGUGAGAAAGCUGUCCAGAAAAUCCGUUUUGAAGAGGCAAUUUCUGUAGGGGAUGAAGAGAAGCGCUCUGUAGCUGAUUCUAUUGACUACCGUAUCAUAGAAGUAGAGCCACAAUAUACAGGACCAAGAGUUGAUGGAGACACAAUAACAUUAGAUUUUGUCAAGGCUAUGUUGGAUGAGUUUGAGAAACAGAAAUGCAUACACAAAAGGUACGCCUACCAGAUUGUGUUACAAACCGUGCAGCUAUUGCGUUCUGUACCUUCGCUUGUUGAUGUGAACGUUCCUGAUGGAAGUCAUUUUACGGUUUGUGGUGAUGUGCAUGGUCAGUAUUUUGACUUGCUCAAUAUAUUUAAGCUCAAUGGGCUUCCCUCGGAAGAGAAUCCUUACCUCUUCAAUGGAGACUUUGUAGACAGAGGAUCUUUUUCUGUUGAAGUCAUACUCACUCUUUUUGCUUUCAAGUGCCUCUAUCCGACAGGUAUGUACCUUGCAAGAGGAAACCAUGAGAGCAAGAGCAUGAAUAAGAUAUAUGGUUUUGAGGGAGAAGUGAGGUCGAAGUUGGGAGAAGCAUUUAUUGAACUAUUUGCGGAAGCAUUCUGUUGCCUACCCCUUGCUCAUGUCAUCAACAACAAGGUCUUUGUUGUUCAUGGAGGUCUCUUUAGUGUUGAUGGUGUUAAGCUUUCAGAUAUUAGAGCCAUCGAUCGAUUCCGUGAGCCUCCUGAAGAAGGUCUAAUGUGUGAAGUAUUAUGGAGUGAUCCUCAGCCUCAACUUGGUAGAGGUCCAAGCAAACGCGGUGUUGGUCUUUCGUUUGGUGCAGAUGUGACUAAGAAAUUUCUACAAGAAAAUAAUCUGGACCUUGUUGUUCGAUCCCAUGAAGUGAAAGAUGAAGGCUAUGAAAUUGAACAUGAUGGAAAGCUUAUAACGGUGUUCUCUGCUCCCAAUUAUUGCGACCAGAUGGGUAACAAGGGUGCAUACAUUCGGUUCACAGCUCCAGAACUAAAACCAAAUAUUUCCUCUUUCUCAGCGGUGCCACACCCUGACGUCAAGCCGAUGGCCUACGCGAACAACUUCCUCAGGAUGUUCCAGUAACAACAUAUAUCCAUAUCCGCCUUCUUUCGCCAUAUUUUUUUUUUGUGACGAGGCUGAAGCCUAAAAAGCUUGCUAGCAUACGAUGUUUGUACAACAGAUCUGGUGGUGUAAGCAGGAAUGCAAUUUUUCUAUAUACUGCCAUGGCACUCUGUUACAAUUUUUUUGUGGAGAACUGAAAAUCAUUCGUGUUACUAGCAAACUAGAAAGUUGCAUCACAUCACUAGAUGCCAGUGCCAUCCUA